AUGGGAAGCGCAAAAUGGCAUGCAAUAAUGAUCUCGCUCCCACACCAAGGCCACAUCAACCCAUUCGUCCACCUCGCCCUCAAGCUCGCCUCCAAGGGCUUCACCGUCACUUUCGUCCACCUCGAAUCCGUCCAUUACAAACUCGGCCGCGAGGCCGAUCCGUUCUCGGAGGCGCGGCGGUCGGGCCUCGACAUCCGCUACGCCACCAUUGGCGACGGGCUUCCCCUGGAGUUCGAUCGCGACCUCCACUUCGAGGAGCACUGGAGGGUUAUGAUGCGCGAUUUUCCGGCGCGUGUGGAUGAGUUUGUGGGGAAAGCGAUGCGGAGUGAUCCGGAUUGGGAGUACUUGUUGGUGACGGAUACGUUUUAUCCGUGGCCGGCCGUCGUUGCUCCGAAGUAUAACCUCGUCAACGUGUCCUUCUGGACGCAGACGGCCUUGACGUUUGCUCUGCCCUACCAUUGGCAUCUUCUCCAACUAAAUGGUCAUUUUCCAUGCAAAGACAAGAUGGAGGAGGAAAUUGACUACAUUCCCGGAGUGGAGUCAAUAAAUACAAAAGAUGUAAUGUCGUACUUGAAGGAAUCCGGGGUGUCCAGCAUAGUCACAAAAGCAAUGGCCGCCGCAUUCGACGCCGUCAAAUCGGCCGAUUUCAUUCUCCACAACACCAUGCAUGAAUUAGAACCCCAAACCCUAUCCGCUCUCCACAAAUACCAACCCAAUUACGCCGUCGGACCCCUCAACUUCUCCAAAAAUCUCCACCACAGCGCCGUCAGCAACAGCUUAUGGUCCGAAGCCGACUGCACCGACUGGCUCCGCUCCAAGCCUCCCGCCUCGGUUCUCUACGUCUCCUUCGGGAGCUUCAUCCACACCACGAAGCAGGUGAUGGAAGAAUUGGCCCACGGCCUCCUCCUCAGCGGCGUCGACUUCGUUUGGGUCAUUAGGCCUGGUAUCCUGAGCUCCGGCGACGCCGACGCUUUGCCGGAGGGUUUCGGGGAUGAGAUUAAGGGGAAGGGCUUGGUUGUUCCUUGGUGCAACCAGAUUAGGGUUCUCUCGAACCCUGCAGUUGGAGGGUUUCUGACGCACUGUGGAUGGAACUCGACCCUGGAGAGCAUGUGGUGCGGCGUGCCGAUGAUUUGUUACCCCAUAGCCUAUGAUCAAACCGCGAAUAGGAAACUGGUGAUUGAGAAAUGGAAGUUUGGGGUGAAUCUCUGCGACGGGGAGCGUCUUGACAGGGCGGAGAUUGCUGAGAAAAUUAAGGGUUUUAUGAGUGGGGCUUCGUUGGAAAAACUGAGGCAGGAGGCGACCAAAUUGAAAGCGGCGAUGGAGAAGGCGUUGGAAUUUGAUGGGUCGUCGGAGAGGAAUUUUGAUCGGUUUGUGGAGGAUUUGAAGGCCAAGAUUGUGGAUGUUAAGAGUCGAGUUGCUAGGGAGAUCAGGUAAUUCAUAUUGACGAUCGAUCGAGGAUUUACAUGGAGUUCGAGGGUUUUUUAGGACAGUAAUUUAGAUUGAUUUGGAAAUUAGGACAAUAACUUUCAAACUUGUAAAAAUAGGACACUAAUUUUUUUUAGAGUAAAACAGGACACUAAUUAAUAAGUGUUGCAUCCGCAGGACAUUUUUUAGCCAAUUAUCGGCUGAGAAAUGUCCUAUUUUUACGACGCUUAUUAAUUAGUGUCCUAUUUUACUCUAAAAAAUAAUUAGUGUCCUAUUUUUACAAGUCCGAAAGUUAUUGUCCUAAUUUUCAAAUCAAUCUAAGUUAAUGUCCUAAAACAUCCCCUGACUCGAUUUACAUGUAUUAAAUAAAUUUGUGCACUGCACUAAGAUUUUGUGCGGGAAACACUACUCUAGUCUAGUGAUCAUAUAUAUUAUGGUCGAUCAAAUAUCUUUACCUAAUUAUGUUGUUUAUGUUUACAUCUUUA